AUGGAGAUCCUGGAACGGGACUUCCGGGUUCAUAUCAAGGUUCAUGAGCAGAAGGUGCAGAACCUGGAGUACGAGCACAAAGAAGCAAAACGUCAAGUGCAUGACACUGGUGAAAAUGACCUGCAAAAAGAGCGAGACAUGCACUCUGAGCAGCUUCUCCAGAUGAACAAGGAGAAGCUUGAUCUCAAGCGUGACAUCCGAGAAACGCAGCUCGAAAAUGAGGGGCAAGUGAAGAUGCUCAUUCAGGGCUUCGCCAAGCGCUUGCAGAAUCUCCGGGAUACCUUUGAGCAGAAUCACCAGCAGUUGCAGGCUCAAUACGAAGAGCAGGUGGAACAGCUGAAGAUCGAUCUCGAGCUCCGCCGGAAGGUGGAAAUCCACGAGAUCGAAGAGCGAAAAAACCAGCACAUCAAUGAGUUGCACUUCAACCACCAGGAGGCCUUUGAUGAGAUCAAGGCCUACUACAAUGAUAUUACCCACGACAACCUCCAGUUGAUCAAAUCCUUGAAGGAUGAGAUCAAUGAGAUGAAGGAGAAGGAGAAGACCAAUAAGAAGAAGAUGGAUCUUCUCCGACAGGAAAACAGGGACCUCACUCAGCCCUUAGAGGACAAGCUGGCAGAACAGAGGGACUUGGAAGAAGAGCUCAAGACGUACACGAAGGACAAAAUGGCGUUGAAGAAUCUAAAGGCGCACUACAAGAGGCUUGAGGAGCAGAUCUCUGAAGCCAAGCAGGAAUACCGCGCCUGCGAGGACAAAUACAGAAAGAUGGAGAAGGAGCGGGAUGACCUGUACAAGCGCUUCAAGAAAGCAGUGCAGGAGAUCCAGAGGAAGGCAGAGCUGGGCAAGAAUAUGGUCUUGGAAAAGAAGCUCGAGGAAUUGGCACAGCAAUUCGAAGAGAAGCAGGCGCAGCUCUCGGAAGUGCUCGGCAACGCCAAGCUGGAUCCCAGCAUUGUGGCCAACGUCACCAAGAAGCCAACGUUGGAGCAGGUGCUGGGUGCCAAGAAUCGGCAAAUCAAGGACCGUCCAGCAGCAGAAGAGAGAGAGAGAGAUCUAUGUAUAUAUAUAUAUAUGAUGUAUGCAAAGCAAGGACUAAGGCUAAGGUGCUCUUGUUGCAAAAACAGAAGGCGCCUUCUUGUUACACCACACAGCGAGGGGUAG